GUUAUUCAUUGAUCUACUUUCAAGCGAUCAAGACGUUAAACUUUUAAAUAAUGCAAAAAUUUGCUGUAAUUUUGUUAUUUGCCAUUGUUGGCAGCAUUUAUUGCGAAAAUUACGAGUUCAAUGAGUGCACCAAGACUGUUGGCGAAGACGAUAACGUUCCGGAUCACUAUAAUUGCAAUGUAACGGCGGUCCGGAUUUCUCCUUGCUCCGAAUAUCCCUGCAAAAUUAAGCGGGGCAAAAAAGUGGCAUUGGAAGUUGACUUUGUUUCGAGCGUAGCAGUUGAUACAGUUGAAAACGACGUUUACUGGGCCAGUCCUGAAGGUGAUCUCGAAUGGCAGGGCUUGGCAAAAGACGGUUGUGCCAAUACUCAAUGUCCCGUGGCAAAAGAUGUCCAACAAAGUUACACUUACUCCAUUGAUAUUGACAAAAAAGUACCAGUUCGUAUGUAUGACGUAAAAUGGGGUUUUAAGAGCGGAGACCAAGUUAAAUGCUGUGCUUUAAUUCGAAUCCACAUCAGAAAGUGAAAACGAGUUGUGGCCAAGCGAUGGUUAAACGUCAAAAUAUAACUAUAAUUACGAAAAUUAAACCAAUAAAUAUAAAAAUAUUUUGAGUGAAAAA